ACUUAUUGUCUUACACGCCGUGGCAGUGGCCGAUGACUGCGGCCCCGCCGUCCCGCCCUGCCCGCCGCGGCGGCCAUGGACGAGCUCGAGCUCGACGGGGGAGAAACGGGCCGCCCCGCCCGUCCCGCUCGCCGUGGCCUUCGCCGAUGACCGCGGCCCUGCGCAGCACAGCGCCGAGCUCGUGAGAAUGAGAGGAGAGGAGCCUCCACCCAACCCAACCCAUCCAACCAAGGAGCCCGUCCCAUCCCACUCCCCACGACGUCUCCCCUCCCAUCUCUCUCGCACCCACCUCGCCGCCGGCCAUGGCCGCCCCCAUCCUCUCCACCCCUCCCCCGUCAUCAGAAGAGAAGACAAGACGAGAUGGAGGGAGAUCCACCGCGACUCAGCUGGUCAGGCGGCGCGCCCAGAUCCGGCCUUGCUCUGGCCGUCGCCGAUGAGCUGCGCCCAGUUUAGCCAUGGCGCGACCGAGCAGGCGAGGAGGGAGACUAGACUCCCCCCCCUCUCUCUCUCUCUCUCUCUCUCUCUCUCGGGGGGCGCCGCCCUUCAUCUGCUCCCGCGAUGGCGCCGGAUCCACAUCCACAGCCACGGCCCCGGCACCCAUGGAGUGACCGUGUGCUUCUUCUCCAUGGACAUGGAGCUCCCACAACACACCAUGGAAGGCCUGGAGCUCCUUCUCACGGCAGGUGCACCGCGUAUAGGAGGGAAGACCAACGCUCCUCCAGGUCUGCUUCUUCCCGGGUCGCCGUUGCUCCACGGAAGAGAGGAGAGGAGAGGUCAUGUAUGUAGCUAUCUCAUACGCAUCUGCAAAUUACUCUAGCCAUCUAUGUAUGUGACAAACAAUUAAUGCUUCUCCUGCAAAUUCCCACAUCAAUCCGUCUGUUCCGCCACUUCUAUAAUUAAAACAAUGACGUCUCCAAUGCGUAUGCUAUUUCUUUGCUUCAAACUAUAGCAUGUGUUUCUAGUUUCACCGAUUUUGCAUUACGUAAGUCACCCACUCAC